AUGGUUGAGCCUGUGAACAUGGCAACUUCGCCAGCUCAAGUGGCAGCCGGCGUCGACGAUGUGGAGAGGUUUUCUCCGUAUCCUUUUCCCGACCAGAUUUGUGUGCCUGGAACAGAUGCCGAAGCGGUGGUUCAAAGAGAGGAUGCAUUCGUCUCGGCUGUUCAUUACAUAUCUCAAACGGCAGUCGAGUACAAGCUAGCCAUGUGGACUGCACAGACUGGUGACGGAAAGCGGAGUCGGGUCUGUAUUCCGCUGGGGCCAGGUGACACUCGCUUUCGGGGUCUAGAUCCCAACAUCGGAGAGGAGCUAUCCCGUUACAAGCCCAGCCCACGCGACGAGAGCUUGUUUGCUCUGUGUCAGCAACGGUAUCCGUGCGAUAAACGCCAUGUACAGGGCCAGGUGAUCGGUUUGGAAGAUGGCUCAAAUCGCAUGCACAAGCCUUUUUACCGCAUGCUGAGUGUCCUGCUGGACUGGUUCUCAGACGAUUUUCCGGAAAAGCGCGAGCCAGGGGAAGGUGCAUCAGAGCGGCAGCCGGCCAUGCUGUGGACUCAUCUCGCAAGUAACUUAAAGUCAUGGGAGCAGAUGCGCCGCAUGCGCACAGCGGUGCAGUUUGGCGUGACCGUGCGAGAGCUGAAGCUGUACAAGGCGAAUGUCGCGCAUGGCACGCUCAUCAGGAAACGCAUUUCUGAUGAGGCUUUGGCAUUUUGUGCUCGCCCUGACUUGUCUGACGGUGAAGAGGAGUUGGACUCUGCGCAUACUGUGAACGAGGAAAUCAAUCAGCCAGGCCGACGGAACCGUGUCCAACGACAGUGCGCACGGUCUGGUGCUUCUGCCAAGCGCAGGAGUAGUGAGCGGUUCCUUUCCGAAGAUGGGGACGAGGACGAAGGUACUGGAGGAGCGGAUGCGAUUAAGGCCGUCAUAGCUGACCUCUGGAAAAAAGAAAAGGAGCGCUGUGAGGACGAAGAGAAGAGACGGCGGGCAGAGAUUGAGCAGUUGACAGCUCUUGUGCAGGAACAGAGAGCCCUUGUGAAGCAACAGGGCGAACAACUGCAGGCCAUGCACGGUUUGAUGGAGAACUUGCAGUCGAGCCGUCGACGCAGCCAACCAGCCAGGAUGGAGACCCUGCAAAAGGCUGACUAUGCGCUGCCGCAGUGCACUGUGCAUGGCUACGUUACAGUUGGUCGUGGCCCAACGGUGGUGCUACUGCAUGAUCUCUUUGGCUCAGCCCGUGAUUUUGAGGACCACCUCGUCCACGGCGUGGGCAAGCAGCUCAAUAUCCUGGCCCUUGAUCUGCCUGGACAUGGUGCCUCCACUAUGCCCGUUGACCUCGGGCUGUUUACGAUUGCGGGCAUGACAGCCGUUUUGACUCAGGUUAUCAACAGUCUUCCCGUCCCCAAGGUCGUGGUUGCGGCAUCGGGCUACUCGGCUCAUGUCGCCCUCCAGCUUGCUCGUGACAACGCAAAAGUCCAGGGCAUCUUCAUGAUGGACACUGUGCCAUACCAACCGGCCUUUCCCUGGCUCCCCGAAACAGCCUCGGAGGUGCAGACGGCCAUUGGAGACAUGGUUGCCGCACAGAACUUGGCCGCAGAUUUGUCAGCCGAGACCUUGAGCUUUCUGAAGAGCAAGAACAUCCCGGUGCUUGUGGCUGCCACGGUGGGGGAUCUCAUCAAUAACGACUUUCAGCCCGUGAACGUGAGCCACCUCCAUGGCCGCUGCCUGCACGUGGUCCCCGGUGAAGAGGGACGCUUGGCCACUGUCAACAGCGAAGCGUUUGACAACUUUAUCCGUGACCUUGUCCGCCAUGUCUUUGGCUCCAUUGCCGCUGGCCGGGACGGCGCGAUGGUGCGUAGUGGCACAACGCAGGCUGCCGGCACGGGGGGCUACCUGGUGCACCCGGCCGCGCGCUUUGAGGCGGCCUCCAGCGAGGGAUCAGCAACAGUAUCGGGGGGAAAAGUGAACGAUCAACAUCAAGCCAAUCCGUAUUCGCGGGGCAAGAUUCCGGCCGGCAAGAUGCCCCACCCCUCGAUGCGUUUUGAGCAUCCCGGUGAAGGGGGUGAGGGUGCCGCCAGUACACUCGGCAAGGGACGCCGCAACUCUUUGGCAGAGAAUCCGUAUGCCCGCGGCCGUAUCCCGCCUGGUGCCAUGCCCCACCCAUCUUCUCGCUUCGAGGGCCAGGCGGAAACGCCCGCAGCUCCUCGCACACCCAAUGAGACAAGCCGCAAGAAUCCAAACGCGCGCGGGCGCAUCCAGCCCGGAACCAUGCCUCACCCUUCCUCACGCUUCGAGACUACUGACGAACCCGAAUCUGCUGCCCCAGCUGUCGCUACUCCAGGCAAAAAGCCUGCCAACGCCUUUGCUCGUGGCCGCAUCCCGGGUGGCUACUUGCCACAUCCCGGCCUGCGCUUCGAGCCACCCUCUGAGGAAUCGCUGCACCACGGCCGGGGCGGUGAUGCCAUGAGCCAGCAUCCCAUUGAUCGGCCCUCCACCCGCGUGCAACAACCCCCCGGUGGUGCCACCAGCAACAUUUUUGGCUAG